CCACUCACUACAGAAAUCCGAUGGUCUUUACCAAACUCCGAUGGGCACCAUUGGAAAGGCCAUGGGCUGAUUUGGUAUCAAAAUAUUGCAUCUUUGUAGCCAGGCACCCAUGGCCAUUCAUAAUAAUUCCGUGCAUUGUGACAGCUUUACUGUCAACGGGUAUUUUCCUUAACUUUAAAAUCGUUCGUGGCGUUCAUUACCUCUACUCUCCACUGGAUGCACGAUGGAAAACCGAAGAGGCAGUUUUUGGCGAAAAUUGGGCCGCUGACGAUGAUCACUUCUACCCAGGAAAAGAUGUUCUUCGACGGAGGGGACUCUAUCUGAUCGUGAAAGCUCUCGACAAUGGUAAUGUGCUGAGACAGAAGCAUGCUGAACAGUCUCUUCCGUGCAUUGUGACAGCUUUACUGUCAACGGGUAUUUUCCUUAACUUUCAAAUUGUUCGUGGUGUUCAUUACCUCUACUCCCCAUUGGAUGCACGAUGGAAAACAGAAGAGGCAGUUUUUGGCGAAAACUGGGCCGCUGACGAUGAUCACUUCUACCCAGGAAAAGACAAUGAAUGCUUCUCCAACACGCAUGCGCGUCUCAUCGCUGAAGUCUACGCAAACGGCGAUCAGGAUCAUUUCAACGUGACUUUUCCACUCUACCACACAAGUUUUGCCACUGAACCUGUGGAUGUGGCUCGAACGUUGGGCGGAGUUGUCCUGCAUGGGAAUCGGGUCGAUUCAGCUCAGGCUUGGCUCGUGCUCUUCCAAUUAAAACAUCAUAAUCCACUAAUGGAGAAGCUUAGCGCGGAAUUCGAAAAUCUGGUGGCUCGUGCGAUUGAGGCGGGGGAGGCACCGGGCCCACUCUUGGACAUCUAUUACUUCCACUCGGAUACUUUCGAUCAAGAAUUGGCCAAUGAAAAUCGACGGAUCACUCCCAUGUUCUCCAUCACCUUCUCGGUACUGAUCGUCUUCUCAAUACUGUGCACUUUCAAUAUAAAAUGGAUUUGCCUACCAUCUGGAGUUCUGAGCAAGCCUUUGAUGGGUGUGGUCGGUGUGGUAUCAGCAUUAUUGGCAAUCAUCUCAUCAACUGGACUGCUUUUAUUCCUCGGAGUAACUUUCGUUGAUAUGUGCACUGUGAUGCCGUUCCUCAGCUUGACAAUCGGCAUCGAUGAUUCGUUUCUGAUGUUGGCCGCUUGGCAUGAGACACCUCGUCAUCUGAAAGUCCACGAAAGAAUUGGUUUAUCAAUGCGCCAUGCAGCUGUCUCUAUCAGCAUUACGACACUGACCGACGCACUAGCAUUCCUCAUCGGAGCCAUUGCACCUCUACCAGCGGUCAAGUAUUUCUGCUUUUAUUCCUGUGCGGCGAUCAUCUUCAUAUUUUUGUACUGUCUUACGAUGUUUGUCGCAUGCCUAGCCUUACAAGGACGAUUGGAGGAACGGAAUGCGAAUUCACUUCUUAUGGGUCCGGACAACCGAAUGUGGUAUCAGAGAUUUUUCGAAGACUACUACGCCCCAUUCAUUGCGAAUGGAUGGACUGUAACGUUGGCACUUCUGCUAUUUGUUUCCUACGCAACUGCGGCAAUCAUAGGAUCCCAGAGAGUAAUCGUAGGCUUCGAUCUAAUCAAUAUCGUACUAACUGAUUCACGCCCUCGCCAUUUUCUCGAAAUUCGAAAGCAAUACUUCCCAGAAGACAUUACUCGAAUGGAUGUUGCUGUAAUGAAACCACCUCGAAUGGCUAUCGCCACUGAACGGGAGCCAUUUUUACAUCUGCUCGAUAGAAUUGAGAAAUCACCCUGUUCUGCUGGUCGGAAUAGCACCGAAUUCUGGUAUUUUGCUUUUGAAAAGUAUAUAGGAGAAUUGGGUUUUGUGGAUGCAUGGAAAGGCAUCGUCGACGAUGAAGAGGCCUUUUCCGAAAACCUACGAGGAUUUCUCAUGGCUAGCGAUAAGUACUCCUAUGAUGUUCUUCGUUUUCCUAAUGGGACCCCGAAGGCGUUUCGAUUUGCCACCCGGUUACGGAACGUCCCCACUGAUGAGCUGAUUGAUCGAUGCGCUCAGUGGAUGAGGUGA